GCUGUGUGUUUCUUUUUUCAUUCGACUGUUCGGCUCCCGACACCACACACUCUUGUUAUAUUUAAACGUUUUGUAUGACAAUUAUUCAGUUCAGUUAAAUUUUGUUUCUUUGACGAAUCGAAUCGACAUCUUCUUUACAUUUGCCUUCAACAACAGAAAAUAACAAAAGAAAAAUUAAACCAAAUAAUUUCUGUUCGCAUAUUAAUUUCGACGUUGCAAGCAGAAUCAUUAAAACCGCUUUGCACUGCAUCAGUUUUUUUUUUUGGAACUUAAAUUGAAAGAAAUUUAUUGGAGUUCUACACACUGUCCUAUUCUAUUCUGUUUCAUCACCAAGCGAAAAAAAAAAACAGAAUCAACGUGCUUUCAAUAGCUGUGCAUUUAUUGUGAUAGACACUGAAUCCGAUAGAAGAAUCCACCAAAAUCGUUGUGAUAAAUUGUUGUUGUUUUUUUUUUGUCAUCAGCUAUUGCUGUUUUUAAAAUUGGUUUUAAAUUUGUUGCAAUCACACAUUGUUGAUAUAUAAUGUAAUGGAACCAUAGUCGAUAUGACAAUUUUUUAAUUUUCAAGUCGUAAAUUUGAGAAAGAAAUAGAAAAAAAUAAAUAAGAAAAUCGUUGAUUUGAGACAACCAGACUUUACAAAAUCAAAGAAAACCCAAAUUUUUUUCACAUUUGAUCGAACCGUAAAAAAACAUUCAACAGUAUAGUAUGCACUUCCAAUUGAUUAAGAGAAAUCCAAAGGAUGAAGCCGAAACCCCAACUUUAAAUAAAUUUUUGCAAGAAUUUUUCGCUUUGAGUAUAAUUUAGACAGUAAACGAUUUUAACAAGUUGUUAAAUAGUUGAAGAAACAACAAGCAAAAAAGCAGCAAAACAACAUCAAUAAUCGAAAGUAAAGUGUAAAAUUAAAAGCAUUAAUUUGUAAUGAUUGACAGAACUUUGAAAUCCAGUUAAAAACCGUAAAAAAAACCCUUCAGUAAUAUUCUAACGACACAAAAUUCAAAUUAGUUGCAUAUACACCGUGAAAAUACAUUAACAAUAACCCGAACGAUAAAUAAAUAACAAACGAAAAACUACUCAUUGAACAUAGAACAAUCAAAAUCAAUUUCUCGACAAGAAAAAAGGGCAUUUCACCUGACGAAAAUGUCAUCAUUGCAAGAGAACUCAACUGUACCGCUGGACGUUGUCAACAAGCGAAAAACACCGUUUACGCGCAGCGAUUCCUUUGACAAAUUUCAAUACACUGCUUUCUAUACGCUUCAAUUAGCGGGUACGCUGUUGUCGCAAAAAUCGUUGCUGCAAGUCCUCGAUGAGCUGCAGUAUAAAUCGCGUAUGAUUUUAGAAAAGUAUGCGGUGCACACAGUAUGGCCCACAUUCAAAAUGAUGUACGCAGUAAUAUUGUUCUGGAUUGAUGCCUUCACUCGAUGCAUGAAAAUCAAUGGCAUAUUCGAGAAAAAAACACCAUCAAAUACUAAUGUUGAACCAGAGAAAACCUAUUGUUUACGAGUACAAAAGCGAAAGGAAUCGUUAGUUACGGCGAAAGAUCUAUCGACCGCUGCUGUUGAAACACACAAACUUGCUGAUCCACUCGAUGAAAAACGUGUAAAACUUUUGGCCGAAUUCGAUGCGAUUCAUCCACAUUUGCGUGGCAAUUCGCUCGUGAAAUCAUGGAAAUCGGACUCCGACUCGGAAAUGGGCUCAAAUAACAGUAUUUCGACUCGAAAUAGCAUUGGCAUGGUUGUGAUUGUGUAUGGCAGUGCGACACUAGUCUAUAUCCAAUUGAUGUUUUUGGCAGCAUUCCUACAAACGGCCGCCACACCACCGGGUCUAGUGUUUUUGGUGUCUAGCUUAGGAUACAUCGCUUAUAUAGUAUUUAAGAUGGGUUUUGCCAAAUCAAAGUCCAAAGAUGAGCAACCAUCAACGAACAAGACCAGAUCUGCAUCAACAAGUACCGCACCUGCCGAAGACACCGUUGGUGAACUGCCAGUGAAACAACGCAACGGUCGAUUGGGCCGAUCCAGUACACGGCGUUUUCUAUACUUCCACAACAAAACUCUAAGCAAAAUCAAGCUACUCUAAAUCAAACCGAUUCACCUCAACACACACACACACACACACAUACCCAUCACAACAUUCCGUCACAUUAGAUUAGUUUGUCCAUGCGACGGCACUAUUCAGGUUCACAAAUAUUCUUGGGCUCAUAAGCCAAAAAAAAAACGAGAAAAAAACCGAAAGGAAACCGAAUGAGUUGAGGCCAUCAAAAGCCUAAAUUAUUGUUAUCAUAUCACUUUGCCAUUUUGCAAAUGUCUGUUUUAUAAAUAGCCAGUAUGUUGAUUGUAUGAGUAAAAAUACAAAUUUAUUGCGCCAUGAUCAAUCGGACAAUUGCUAAAUAUCAGAAAAAAAGACAAUUUUCUUUUAUCAAGUACAAAACCAAUGUUUUCACACAAACAUACGACGCAAAACAAAACACAACGACAACAACAACAACAUCUUUAUACAAUAGUCCACAAAAUCGAUCAUUUUUAAAAUAUAUUGUAGAUUAGUUUUAAGUUUUUUUAUACAAUAAUUGAAAUAAGAGAUAAACACUUAAAAAAUAUGAAUGAAAAAAAAAAACAAAUUACAAAUCAUUUUACUGUACGAGUCUAUAUGAUUUUUGAUUAUGUUAAUUCUUAGGGUUAAAUUUAUGAACAAGAAAAAAAAUAAUCAACAAACAUAAAUGAAACAAACAACUUAUUGUACACUAAUAUAUGACUGGUCAACAAACAACAUUGAUAGACAUUUUAUUAAAUUAGUUAUGAAUAAAUAACAUUGGUUAUGAAGUGUGAUCUGAAGUGAUUUCAACUUCAUUUUACGGUUUAUACAGAAA